CAUUCUUGAGGAAGAGGAGGGAAACAGGCGUUGAGGUCGUCGAAUGCACCAAUAAGAUAGGCAAUGUCGUCAUUCAUGGUUUGGCGCUCUUGUCGAGCCUCGGCGGCCAUCCUUUGGAGCUCGGCGAUUUGUUGACGUUGAUGAACAUCUUCUAGCCGUUGAUGCUCCCAAAAAUCUUGCUCCGCCGUUCGCCAUUCGGCUUGUGCUGGCCAUCCUUGGCGGUUGUAGGCAUUCUCUUGUUGUUGCUCCGCCCAUCUAUUGUCCAAAGUGUUGGACAUGUUUUGCAUGUAGGAGAACAUAUCUCCUAAUUGGCGUUAGGCCUCCUACGGCGGCAGUGGGCUACCACUUCCUCUUCUUCUUCAUUUUGCGGCGGUGGUGGCACUUCACUCCCUUGAGCAUGUGAAUGCUCCGCCUCUUCUUCAUAAUUGUCGAUGGCAUCAAAAGCGGAGUCAUCUUCGGGGUCGAAGACGGGGAUACGAGAAGAAAUGUUCCUCCUCCUAAACUCCCCACUAAAGGGGUUAGCCUCGAUGGCUCUCCGGUGGGCGGAAGUGUUGAGCUUCUAAUUAACUUGGUUCUCCCAAAUAUCGACUUUGGUCAAAUGGGGAAUAUGAACGGGAAAGUUAUCCCGAUCCGCUUGUAAAAAGAAUCCUUGAGUUAGUACUGCAAUAUCAAUGAACAAUAGUAUGAUAAGAAUACUAAUCAGAGAUAAUUAAAAAUGCAUGUGAAUCAUUUUGUCAAAACUUACAGUGAACAAUAUGUGAUCACAAAAGUUGUUGCGACAAAUAAGUAGGACAACUUUAUUUCGUAGAAUCAUAUAUAAGGUAAACACAUAUGAAAUAUUAUUUAGUAAAUCAAGUUACGCAUUGCAAUUAGUAUUUAUGACCUUUUAAUUAAAAAAUUAGAGAUGAGAUAAUUCCAAGUUGUUGUGUCCAUAUUUAGCGGUUAGAAAGAAAAGAAAAGGAAAGACGCGAAAUACAAGGUUCAUCUUCAUCUCCUAUAUUUUGGUGCGAGAAAGAACAUUGACCUCCAAAAAUGGAUGGCAUUGCAUAAGUUGAAUGGAAAGGAAUGUUUGAGGAAGUAGCUCUCAUAUUUAUUGUGACAAAACUCUGGUAUAAGCUACAAUGGGUUAAUUCUCCCCAAGGAAGUUAUCAUGGAAAUCAAAACCUUGGGCUGCUGUCUCCUCCUCAUCUUUUCUCAACUUGCCAUCCCUUCCUUCUCUCAGCUAUCAUUUCAAACUGGAUUAGGUGUUGGUGCCCAUAGUCAAACAGGCUCCGAAGAAACCACGAACCCCGAUCUGGAAUCAACCCCAACACCCGAACCACAUACAACAACAAUCCCCCAAGGGAAAGACACAGAGAAUGAGAAUGAGUCAACCCUUACACCCGAACUCAACAAUAAUGAAGAGCCAGACGUCGAGCCAACCCAACAUACCCAAGAGAAAGAGUCACACAUAGAGAAUGAGAAUGAGAAAGAGCCAACCCUUACACCAGAACUUAACAAUAAUGAAGAACCGGACGUCGAGCCAACCCAGCAUACCAAAGAGAAAGAGUCACACAUAGAGAAUGAGAAAGAACCAACCCUUACACCAGAACCUAACAAUAAUGAAGAACCAGUCAAUCACGGAGAACCAGGCAUCGAGACAACCCCGAUCCCCAAAGAGAAAGAGUCGACUCCUACUCCCAAAGCAAACAAUCAUAAAGAAUCAGAGAUGUGCAGCUACAAAUGCGCCUCUGAGCCAACUCCGAAGCUUGCCAAUCAGAGGCUAGAAGGAGCCUACAAAGCCCUGCGGGCAUUGAAAAAAUCCAUAUACUCUGAUCCAAACGGCUUCACAAGCAAUUGGGAGGGUCCCGAUGUAUGCAGCUACAAAGGCGUCUUCUGUGCCAAGGCUAUGGAUGAUGCCAAUAUCGUAGUGGUGGCCGGUGUUGACCUUAACCGUGGCGAUAUCGCUGGUCACCUCCCAUCAGAGAUCGGGUACCUAGUCGACAUCAGCCUCCUCCAUCUUAAUUCCAAUAGAUUUUGUGGGAUCAUCCCAAACGAGAUCAAGAACCUCAAGCUAUUGUACGAGCUGGACGUGAGCAACAACCGCUUUGUGGGGUCUUUCCCGGAGGUGGUGUUGGAGUUACCGCAACUCAAAUACCUCGACUUACGAUACAAUGACUUUGAAGGCGAGCUACCUCCGGGACUCUUCGACAAGCCCCUUGAUGCAAUUUUCUUAAACAACAACAGAUUCCACUCAACUAUCCCGGAAAAUAUUGGUAACUCUCCGGCCUCCGUCAUCGUAAUGUCAAACAACCAUCUCUAUGGGUGCAUCCCGUCCAGCAUCGGAAAGAUGGCGGGAAAAUUGGAGGAGUUUGUGGUUUCGUACAAUGAGUUGUCAGGGUGCCUUCCAGAAGAGAUCACAAUGUUAAACACGACCAAAGUUUUUGAUAUCUCCAACAAUAAGUUUAUGGGCGACCUACCGCAGGGGAUGGAAAACAUGAAGAGUAUAGAGGUACUCAAUAUUGGAAACAAUAAAUUUAGGAGCAAGGUUUCAAAAACUGUUUGCACCUUGACGAAUCUUAAGAACUUUACCUAUUCUUACAACUUCUUUGAUGCCCAUGAUCCUGAGUGUAUGAUCAACGCGCUUCCCGUUAUGGCUAUUGACGGUAGGAAGAACUGCUUGCCUCGAGAACCCAAUCAGAGACCAGAGAAGGAGUGUCGCAUAGCCUUGAGCAAGAAGGUUGACUGCAAUGCCGGUUGUCGACCCCCGACUUAUGGCCAUUCGCCCAAGCUUGACCAACCUAAGAAAGAAUCACCCAAAACUCCAACUCCUCACAAACCAACUACUUCGUCUCCUCCUAAAUCGACUCCAUCAGCUCCGACUCCUAAACCCACACCUACGCCGAAGCCUGAGCCAACACCUAAACCUGAGAAGACGUUUGUCCCGUCCCAGAUUCCCAAGGCAUCACCUCCUCCUAAAAUGGAGACACCAGCCCCCGCCCCCUCACCGGAACCUUCUAAGCCGCCUGUACGACAAAAACGUGUUGCCCCACGCCUCGCUUCUUCGCCACCUCCAGUCCACUCUUCGCCGCCCCAAGUUGAAUCCACACCUCCUCCAGUUGAAUCACUCCCACCACCAGUGCACUCUCCACCACCUCCUAUAAAGUUACUGACACCACCAGUCCACUCCCCACAACCAUCUCCCGUAAUGUUACCACCACCCCCAGUUCAAUCACUCCCACCACCAGUUCACUCUCCACUUCCUCCAGUCCACUCCCCCGAACCACAAGACCACUCUCCACCAACCCCAGUCAAGUCACUACCGCCCCCAAUCCACUCUCCACCUCCUCCAAUCAAGUCGCCACCACCUCCAGUCCACUCGCCACCGCCACCAGUCAAAUCACCACCACCUCCGGAACACUCUCCACCACCCCCAGUCAAGUUACUACCGCCACCAGUCGACUCUCCACCACCUCCAGUUAAGUCACUACCGCCCCCAGUCCAAUCUCCACCUCCUCCGGUCAAGUCGCCACCACCUCCAGUCCACUCGCCACCGCCACUCGUCAAAUCACCACCACCUCUGGAACACUCUCCACCACCCCCAGUCAAGUCACUACCACCCCCGGUCCAUUCUCCACCUCCUCCAGUCAAGUCGCCACCACCCCCGGUCCAUUCUCCCCCUCCUUCAGUCAAGUCGCCACCACCCGUAGUCCACUCGCCACCACCAUCGCCACCGGUCCAUUCUCCACCUCCUCCAGUCAAGUCACCACCAUCUCCCGUACACUCACCACCUCCUCCAGUCAAGUCCCCACCACCCCCAGUCCACUCUCCACCUCCUACAGCCAAGUUGCCACCACCCCCAGUCCACUCUCCACCUCCUCCAGUCAAGUCUCCACCACCCCCAGUCCACUCACCGCCACCUCCUCCUGUCAAGUCGCCACCACCGCCACCGAUCCAUUCUCCACCUCCUCCAGUCAAGUCACCACCACCUCCCGUACACUCACCACCUCCUCCAGUCAAGUCACCACCACCCUCAGUCCAUUCUCCACCUCCUCCAGUCAAGUCUCCACCGCCCCCUGUCCACUCACCGCCACCUCCUCCUGUCAAAUCGCCACCACCCCCACUCCACUCUCCGCCUCCUCCAGUCAAGUCUCCGCCGCCCCCUGUCCACUCACCGCCACCUCCUCCUGUCAAAUCGCCACCACCCCCAGUCCACUCUCCGCCUCCUCCAGUCAAGUCUCCGCCGCCCCCUGUCCACUCACCGCCACCUCCUCCUGUCAAGUCGCCACCACCCCCAGUUCACUCUCCACCUCCUCCAGUCAAGUCACCACCACCCCCUGUCUACUCUCCACCUCCUCCAGUCCGCUCACCGCCACCUCCUCCAGUCAAGUCGCCACCGCCCCCAGUCCACUCCCCACCUCCUCCAGUGAAGUCGCCACCUCCUCCAGUCCACUCACCGCCACCUCCUCCAGUCAAAUCGCCACCGCCCCCAGUCCACUCUCCACCUCCUCCAGUCAAGUCCCCACCACCUCCGGUCCACUCUCCGCCUCCUCCAGUGAAGUCGCCACCACCUCCGGUUCACUCUCCACCUCCUCCAGUGAAGUCGCCACCACCCCCGGUUCACUCUCCUCCUCCUCCCGUCCACUCCCCACCACCACCAAAACCUAUCGCAUCUCCUCCACCUGAACCGGUUCAACCACCACCUACUAACAAAUUUCCUCCUUACAAAAUUCCAGAUAUUAUUGGUGCCAGCUAUAAAUCUCCGCCGCCUCCAUUAAUUCCAGGCUACUAAAAUCCAAAGUAGUUAUAUAGUGGAGUGAAUAUUCAAUUUUAUAUAACAUGUAUUUAUUGACGAGAUUAUCUAAUUAUAUAAUGCAUAUCACUAAAAUAGAACAACUCACUAGGUUGAUUUAAUAGUUUUUGUUAUUCUUAUCAGUCUAUCGCGAUUUUGUACUCAAGUUAGAGUGUUGUUCUUCUUAUUAGUAUAUACAUAGAGUUACGAGUACAUACAUGUUUACAAAGGAAUUUCUUCUUUGGAUUUCAUUAUGUGUUCUACUAGCUUUCUAGGAUAGUUCUGUUAGAUUAUUGUAACACUAUUUUCUAGGACAGUUCAGUUAGACUAUUGUAACAUAUUGUACAUCAUAAUGCAAUUUUAUACUAAAACCGUAGUUAAGCUUAUAGUAUUCUAGUAUGUGCCCGUAGUAACUUUUUUAUUUAUUGUAUUAUAGAAUUCUCCCUAGAUGUAUUUUAAAUUAAAUGAUAUUAAUUAUAAGUUUAUGAUAAUCUUAUACCAAUAGCAAGAUAAAAAUUUGCAGCUCAAAAAGUAAUAAGUCAUUCACAACACAAAUCUGUCCUCAUAUUUCAACUUCAUCACAUAGUCAUUCUCCCAAACAACACAAUUUUGUUUUAUUUUUAUUUUCUAAUUACUAUUAUUUACUAUUAUCUAAUUUUAUG